AUGGAUGAAGCCACCAAGAAUGUUCAGGAUGUAAUGGUGAGCGAGGCUCUGGUUCAGUUCCAGACCACCUUGCAGGCUGCAGUCAGGGAGGUGCACGUGGAUGUAAGCGCCUUCAAGCAGCGCAUAGAGCUAAGGAUCGAGGAGCUCUGCCUUUCCCAUGGACCCCUGGCAGGGGCGGUUACCAGGCUGCAAGAGGAGAACUUGCAGCUCAGGGCGAAGCUGGAGGCCCUCAGCCGUCUGGUGGAGGGUCUCGCUGGGGUCAAGAUUGACAGAAAUUCUACUGAAGUUCAGGGGAAGAUCGUAGAGGAUAGUAUUGAGAAUGGACACAUGCAGGUGCAGUCCAAGACCCAGGAAGACCAGGGGGAUCUGGUCAACUCUGGGAGAGUUGAGAACAGCCAGUUGAACCAGUCCGUUUUGGCAUUCCCAGAACCAUCAGGGACAAUUGGGGGAUUAGGCCACUCUGCUGCUGCUGCUGCUGUAGCUACAAGCAAAACUUCAUCCCUUCCUCCAUGGAGAGCCAAAAGGCAGGCUGAAGUCAACGUGAGUACUUAUUUUGUUUUCUACAAUUAAUUAAGUAGAGGAAUAAAGAAUAUUCAUCCUACUCUGACUGGUGCUGAUAUGCAAAACCUUUAGGUAUGAGUAAAAAAUUUCUUAAAAAAACAAAAAUAAUGUGUGUUAUGGGGGACUUGGGGAAUUGCAAUAUUGUAAAAUAAAAAUGAAAGAAAAAUUAAAUGGGUCUGAGAAUCAAAAACACAAUUCCUGGUUCCUGGUCUAGGCUGUUAAAGAGUCUCCUCUUACUGCUACCAACCAAUUUACCGUCACUUUUAAGGACUAGAUGAAGCUCUGCCUUCCUCUUGAAGAUGCAAAGCAUUAGAGAUUAUGUGAUAAGACUUCAAUAGAGAUAGACAGAUAGCAGUGUAAAAGAUAAUAGUAAUAAUUUGGCUAAUAUUAUCUUUAUGGGCAAGGUAUAGAUAAAUAAAAAAGGUAUAGAUAAUAGGAUAGAUAGAAGAACAUAGAGCUCUAUAUGAGUCUAUAACUGAAGCUGGAGGCAGCUAGACUAAGCCUGUAGCAGUGUACUAUAACUAGGGCCUGCUUUAUGGGAAGCCUUAGCAAGCUAAAACUAUAAAACCAUUAAAAUAGAAAGUUUUCACUCUCCAUAAUAGUAAAGGCGGGGUCUACCUCCAAGACCCAAACAUGUGGAUGAUAUCUCAAGAGAGGGUCCUGAGAAUUCAAUCCAGGCCUCUUAUAGCCGGUUUCAUGAACGGGUCUGUAAGUUAGAAGGUUUGCCAACUAGAAAUCUUACUAUCUAUUAGCAAUAAUAUUAUGCCAUCCAAUGAAGCUCUGAUAUAUGACAAUGGAUUUCCAGGUUGAAACUUCCGUCUUCAUGCCCUUGUCAAUGGUCUCUAAUGCCAGAAUUGAGUCAAAUUGCAAAACAACACACAACACCGAGAUUAUUUGGUUGGGUUUAGAUGCAAAUUUCUGUUUAUAUGGUGAAAUAAUGUUGUGUUUUAACUGAAGCACAAUCAACAGCUAAUGUUCACAGCUGUAGCUCUGGUUAGUUAGGUGGCAUCUUGUAAUGUGGUGGGAUUUAAGGGUAAUUUAAGUAAGUAUGUGACCAACCAAAGGCAUGUGGAUGUUAACCUGCAAAGUGGACCAAAGGCUGAAGGUACUAGCUCUGCUGGAGUUAUGCACACUCAGCAAACUGAUACGACAGUCCCUGUGGUCCUGUGUUUGGCUGUGUUAAGUACAUUCAGUUCAGUCAACCUUGUGGAGAAGCCCCUGAUAUUGCUGAGUCACAGUUGUGUCAAGAAUGAUUUAGUUGUACUACCCAGGCUGUGCUAAUGCCUGCCAGUAAACAAACUUAGGUCACUGUACUAAUACUACCCACCAUGCCAAGGAAUCUCAGCAGCUCUGCCUUUGUGUUUGAAGGGUUUGGCUCUUAACAAGCACACCCGACUUUCCAAACUCCUUUGGUUGGCUUAGUUGGCUGGACACAACUCUCAUUCACAAAGCUGUGCUUACAGUGGGAUGUGACUGAAAGGUCACAGGAGAUCAGGGCUUUAUCCAACAACCCAUUUAAUCAGAACACUCUGGUACGACACUCAACCCAGGGGCUCCACUGUACCUGCGUAAAUCUCAUGUCAUGUCAGACAUGUAUAUGAACGGGGCUUUAUAUUUAACCUUUGACUCCAGCUUUACACAUACAUCUGUGAGGAAUGGAAGCAACGCUGAUGUUAAUGUCAUGGAUCACCCGCAUUUAGUAAUUCUAGCUAUCGAAUAAUUAUUUUUAUGCAUGUAGAGUUUUUUUUGGUUUACUUUGAAUUAUCAACUGAUAACCAUUACAAAGAGACUAUUCCCUGCAUCAGUCGAAAUGAACCCAGAGCACCCCACCACAAACACACAUGCUUACAAACUGGCUGCCUUCCCUACCCCCCACUUAGGCUCAUGACCAGCUUUUAUAACAGCAGGUCCUCCAAAAGGGCACAUGUAUUUUUGGGUCAGUGAUUUGGGACUGAGCUGCACCUCUUUGGAGUCCCUGCAUUCUUUAUACACUGUGGUACAUCCUUUCUUACCUUUGUUUAACACCCUCUAAAAAAUGAGUGGAGGACGGCACCUCUGAGAGGUCAAAAUCAUUGAUAAUGUAGCUGAUGAAGCUGGACAGUACUAGGGGUGAGUUUAUAGCCACGGUCUGGGUAGUAGUAGGCUAGCUGACAAACACGAUCAGUUUAAGACACUGCGUGCUGCUGACAGGGUUUGCAGUAGACAGAUUGUGUUGUAUUUUUAUGACGUAACCCACAAGCACACUCUGAAGCUGUGUAUAAAUACAGCCUUGUACCCUAACACCCAAGGAAUCCCACCCCCUAGCCAAUCCAAGUCUCAAAUCUCCAAAUGGAAAGUUGAAUUGCAUCGACGUCUCUGUAAAUAAUACCCCCGGCCUACAUCUCAAGAGGGAAAACCAGCUGUCAUGUCAAAACCCACGACCAGCCAACAUUCCUAUACGCUGAAAUCAUUUGGUCUUACCCAUCCAUCAGCAUCAGCCCUCCAACUCUGACCUACCGCACUCCUACUCCACUACUAAAGUAGCUCCUUGAUUCACCGACUGAUCAUCCGCCCCACCAUUCUCAAAUUUAAUAUCGUCGCCCCUCAGAUAAUUUGAAAUCUGUUGAGUUCAUCGGUUUCCUUGCCCACGUUUUCCAGGAGGUGAAAGAUUGGAAAAAAUAAGCAGGAUUAUCACGUCUCCCUUUAAGUUCCUCAUUUUAAUUCCCCGAACUCGACCUCUCCCGAUGUUUUCCAUAUUUCCAAAAUAAUGCAACAUAGCUAAUGCUUGCAUUCAAUCCCAUGUUGCAACCAAAGUCUGUAUACGUAUCUAUAAAAAAUAGAUGUCAUCGAUCCCAUCUAUUUCUUCAGCCCAUACCAUCAUGGUUGCCAUGUUGGUAUUGCUGUCUCAACUUUUCCUGUCUGUCUUCACCUUCUCCAUCAGUAACAAACGGUAGCUCCACUUCAUGGCUUCUGACAAACUAAUACUACACUUUCUGGGUGUAAACAUCCUGUCAGGUGGUGUGCUUUGACACUAUUUUGAUCUAGAAAAGGGAUGUAGGCAGCUUUUGACUAAACUGGAACCUUUCAAUCAGAUCAACUCUCCUGCAAGGCCGACUGAAAGCAGGUGGUGCUAGAUCUGCCAGUGGUAGACACACUCUGCAGAUCAAUUUUACAUUGUUUUCCUGCAGACGGUGUGAUUUUGUACCUUUUAUUUGGUCUGUUUUAAAUUUCAUUUAAAAAGCUGAGAUGUUAGUUGCUUCAUAUCCAGAUUGUUUGAUACUUUGUUCGUUAGUGGUCGUAAAACCAUUUAUCCAGUAAUGUUUUGAUCGCCUAAAACAGUAGGCAUGCCUCUGGGAUUAUGUGUGCUCCUCUCCAACAUAAGUAUUUUUGUAUGUUUCUAAAAGAGGGCCGGUUUGAUGCAGAGGUAAACCCAGUCAGAGUUGAAGGGAUUAUUGAGGUCAGACAGAGCCAGACUGUUAUAUCCUACAGGAGCUAGUGUGGAGCCCAAAGAUCACGGUGGUGUUAAUCUCCCUCCUGACGACCAGUUGACGUACUGACUGAAACGGCUUUAUUGCAUGGCCCCCCUGAUCAGUGCAGGUCUCUUGAAAGCAAAAGUCUGGGGGUUCAGAGAGGGGGCAAAAUCCUGGCCCAGGCUUCCAGCUGAUAUACCGAGCCACCGUUUGAACCACUCAGGCUAACUGCCUGAUUUCCAAAGCAUCCAUUUGGGGCUAUAUUGGGAUGUAAGAAGAGUGCAGCGGAAACUCUUGCAAAGGGACUGAUUGCAAAAUCUAAAAUAGCCUCUCAGUGGGAACAUGAGUUUGUUGGCCACAGCUGUCAGUAAAGAGGUUUUCAGCUGUUAACAGCUGAAGAUCCCACUUUCAGAGAACUGAGCGCACACACACACACACAACACACACAGUCACACACAGUCACACACAGAGAGACAAUCUUAUCACUGAUGAUAAAGGCCAAAGAUUAUUUUUAGCACAGCAGCAUGCAGAGGUAUGGAAGACAAUCGAGCUAUCUUUGUUUGUUGUGGUAUAAAAUCCAAUGAUUGAUGUUGCUAAGCCAGUACUGACACUCUUUCCUGCAGGCCUUACACAACUCGAUUAUCUCCACGAGGUACUGGAUCAAAAUGAGGUUGAAGUGUCUCUUAAAAUUCUUUAUUCGUUCUAUUUUUAUGUUUUGAUCAUCUGUGUUCAACCUGCGAUUAAAGCUGUGUGGAAAUUUUUGUCUUAUGUCACCCUGACGGACUUUGAGUCUGAUGAAAAUAGCAUUUACUGCGCUAACGUUCUAUUUAAUGAUAAGUUGUUUACCUAUUUUGAAUGUUAACAGAAACAGACAUUUUUGUUAAAGUAUCAACAGGGCUUUGCGUGCAUUUCUGAACACAGGUAUGUUAAUGUUUCAGAUUGUGGCUUAUUUCCAUCCAUAGUUUCAGGCAGAUUGGUGGUAAAUUUACGAAUAAACAUCAAGCAAACAUGAAAUAGAAUCAAAUUAAAAGUAUGCAGAACCCGAUAAGCAGAAACCGGAAAACAAGACCCAAAUAAAACAAUACAGAAAGUGGCUGUAAAACUAUAAACAAGACAAAUCAGGAGUAAAGUCGGAGUUAGCGCUAAGAUGCAUUAGGUGUAAGUGUAAAGGCAGGUGUUUAAGUACCAGAGCGCCAAAGUGCUGGGUCAAUGUGCUGCACAUGAUGGUAAGUGUGCAGGUGUAAAUUGCACCUUUGCCCCAGACCUGUUAAUUUGAAGUGCUGGUGUAAUUACAUAUAGUCCUAUUGCACAAAAACAGACAUGUUCAUUCAUGAAGUAUUGCACAGAGAGCACAUACAUAGACGUGUUAGGUUUAUAAUAUUGCAGUGAAGUUGCAUAGAUAGUACCUUACCUUGUUAUGAUUUUUUUCCCACUCAAAAGAGGUCAUGUUUUUAGUUUUGUGAUACCACAUGAAAUGUUGAAUCAUGAAUGUCACACCUGUGCAUUUCCUGAACAGGGCACCGAUGUGAAAGGAGAGAGAAAUGUUGCCUCAGCUGUUCAAGAGAGCGUAAAGCAAGGUAGGCUGAUAAUCUGAGUCGCUCCUGUAAGCUUAGAUAAAACCUGACAAACUGAUCUCACCUUUGGUUUUGUUCCUCUCCACAGAAAGCUCAUCAGUGAGCUCUGAUGUGUCUCAAACUGUUGAAGCUGUCCCUCAGUCCCACCGGCCUCUGACUUCCAUCACCAAACCAAACCCAGAGUCUCUUUACUCUACUGUGGAAACCCUAAACAAGCCUAGUCAGUUGAUUUCACACAAAUACUCAUGAAUUUCAACUUUUUUAUGCAUGUCUUGUCCUGGUAUUGAUUUAAGUCAAUUGUUUUUUCCUUUCAGACCAGGAAGAUCCGGGUCUUUUUAGCAAACCCCAUCUUCCUCUCACUUCUAUGACAAAAGCCAGCUCUGAAGCUCCGACUCUUCCUCAGCCUGCUGCCUCUGCUUCCAUCACACCCAAAGAAACUCCAGUAAAACCAGCAGAAUCUCCUGUUAAAUGUGGUGAGAAAACAUUGUUUCCCUCCAUCUUUGUAAAAAAAACAAAAACACCAGUGUGUUAAAAUCGUCAUGGCUCCCAACCGUACUAAAUAGUCGUGUCAGACUGGAUUACUCAUAACCACCCAUAUUAUUCUGACUUCAUUCUGUAUUCAGAUUUUGCCUUUUUCAGAUAUUGAACCCCAGCCUCAUCUUCCUGUCACUGCCAUGACAACAAAACCCAGUCCAGAGGGUCUGAAUGCCUCUAAACCUGCCCAGUCUCCAGCACUUGUGUCCAAAGCAGCUGUUCAUUCAGCAGCAGAAGCUUCAUCAGGGGAUUACCCCUUUAUCAGAGGUCGGUAAAAGGGUCUUUAAUUUGAAGUCAUCCGGUUGUUUUAGUGGGGGACUGAGAUUCACUAUUUUCACUUUUACUGCCAUUUUAAUCCUCGUACCUGUUAUUCUGUUCAAUCCCUUUGUGUCCAGGAACAUCCGCAGCAAAGGAUCUGAGGUCCCAGGUUACCACAGAGCAGUCAGCUUCAGCGCCUCACCUUCCUCUCACAGCUGAGACCAGAGGCAGCUCUGAGACUUUAGCUGCUACAAAACCUGAGCCGAGCCCUUCCUCUAUACCUGAAUCCCAGACCAUAAAGAGAGGCGAAUAUCCAUUUAAACAUGGUUAGUAAACACGUUUCUGUGUCUAAAAUUGUACAAAGAAUAUAGACCCAAGUGUAAAUUUGUUUUACUGACUCACAGUUUUUCUUAUUAGCAAAAAUGUGUCCUGGUUUAUUUCUCUCUCCAUUAGACGUCCCUCAACCCAAACCACAGCUGUCUCUUUCUGCCGUGACCGUAACCAACACAGAGUCAUCUUCAUCUUCUGUUACAACAUCUCAGACCUCGAGUCUGUCAGCAUCACAGGACCCCAAUGUAAAACCUGGAGAGUAUCCAUUUAAGAGAGGUGAGUUAAAGCAGAUCACACUGAUCAGUCAGAGCCAAUAAAUAUAAGCCAAUAAUAUAAAUAGAAUUUGAAGGUUUGCAAAUUGUAUAAAGUUUAUUCUUUAUAGAAAUCAAAGUUAAGACAACAUAUCAAGGGUUGGAAUAAAACAAAUACAUUUCUGGCCAGUUUAGCACCCAGACUCUUCUACUACAGAGCCAUGCUGUUGUAAUAAGUUUGUCAUCUUCUGUAUCAUCCAAGGUUUUUGCUGAAUAGGGGUUGUUUGAAUUAAAGCAUGUGUUGCUCCAAAACCUCUAUAAGAUGUUUGGCUUUAAUGGUGCCUCUCAAGAUGUGUAAACUGGCCAUGCAGUGGGCACUUAUGUAUCUCUGUAUCAACACAGAUACUGUUUUUGAGCUUUUCUUCCUUUCCACAUCCAUGAAUUCCAAAAAGAAAGUUGGAUGUUGAUUUGCCAGACUAGUGGACAGUUUUGCCCUUUGCCCCAGUCCAUCUGAAAUUGACUCAGGCCUUGAGACGUUCUGGAUCCUGCUUAUGGUUUUGUUUUUUGGAAGUGAUUUUAAGCCCAAGGGAGGAGUUUCCAUUUGAGGGCCUGAAGAUCACAGCCAUCAAGUGUUGGUUUUUGGUCUUGUCCCAUUUGUAUAGAAAUUCUCUAAAUCUUUCUUUGUGCUCUAAAUGGUGAAAUCCUCAAACCCUUUUAAUUCGAUCAGUAAAAAUAUCCUGAAACUGUUGAACAAUUUCCUCUUGCAGUUACUCACACAGUAGUGAUCCUCUUUUCCUGUUAAGUUCCUAACCUGUUAAAAAAUUAAUCAUUGGUCAUUUAGCAUUACAUACCUCUUCUCAACUUUCUAUUUCCAUCUUGCUCCACACUUAACUUUAAUUUAUCUCUUACUUUAUUGACACAGUCCCAGUUCUCAAGACUCCGAGUCCCAGCCUAAAGAGGAGUGUCAGCUUUCCUCAGCCUGCAGGUAAAAUGCUCCUAACAAUCAUCAGGAGCGAAACGAUCACUCUUUUGUUGGUCUGAUUUGUUCCUGUUUCUCCUCCUGCAGAAAAGUUACUUCCCUCCAAGUCCAUCAUAAAAUCCGGUUUCUCACCAAACUUGGAGAAGUAAGUCAUGACUCUAAAUCGUUGUAGUUCACAGCCCACUGGAAGACGCUCUCUGAACGUCAUCAUUACAUGCUGUCCUCUGUCUCUGAGCAGGAAAUCAACCAAGUCAGGAGGUGUCGAGUUCAAGUCAGAUGUGAUGAAAGCACAAACUCUUCCUCGGGCUAAUGGGGCUCAGGCUAAGCGGGCUUUAUUCGAGAGGAUGAACUCAGAGCCGACAAAGUAAGUGUGUCAAAGAUAUCCUUUUCCAAAUCCUGAAUCCUGGGUAUUUAUGAAAUUUUACUUCUCUUGAACAGAGUGAAGGACUCCAAACCUAAACUGAAGCGCUCUCAGAGUUUUGGAGUGUCCAGUGCCAGUGGUAUCAAACAGAUUCUGCUGGAGUGGUGCCGCUCAAAAACCAUUGGCUAUCAGGUGCUUCACUGGAAUAUUGUAGUGUAUAAACAUUUAACAGUCUCACUCUAAGUUCAGUCCUGUGAAAUGUGUAGUACCGCGAAUAACAGUAUGAUCCUGUUUUUCUCAGAACAUUGAUAUCCAGAACUUCUCAUCCAGCUGGAGUGAUGGGAUGGCUUUCUGUGCUCUGGUCCACUCUUUCUUCCCUCUGGACUUUGACUACAACACCCUGAACCCUUCAAACCGCAAACAAAACCUCGAGCAGGCCUUCACGACUGCAGAGUAAGCUAGACUCGAGAUGAUGAAUAACUGAAAUACCCAAAUGUCUGAUGAAUGAUUGUACUUGAGUUUCUGUAUCUUUUGUGCUCGUUGUGUAUCUUGUCUUAACACACUCCCCUAAAUCGUCCUUUUCAGGCAGCAGGCCGACUGUCUCCGUCUGAUCGAGGUGGACGACAUGCUUGAGAUGGGGGACAAGCCUGACCCCAUGUGUGUGUUCACAUACGUCCAGUCUCUCUACAACCACCUGAAGAAGUUUGAGUAA